AUGAACAAACCACCCAGGAUUAACCAUGCUUCCCAUUCUCUAGCUAAAUUAUCCCUAGUUUUAUCAAUCUUACCAAAAUUAACAACUUCAAUCCCACUUUCACUUUUAGAAUUCAAUAAAAGAGAUCAUGUUGAAGCUGUCAAGGAAACCAUAACUCCACAGGAAUUUUGGAUUAAUAUGAUGAUUUCCAUUGUAUUGGUCCUUGCAGGUGGUGUUUUCGCUGGUUUAACUUUAGGACUUAUGGGUCAAGAUGAAGUUUAUUUAAAAGUUAUUUCAACUUCUGGUGAUGCAAUUGAACAAAAAAAUGCUAAAAAAGUUUUAAAAUUAAUUGAUAGAGGUAAACAUUGGGUUCUUGUUACUUUAUUAUUAUCAAAUGUUAUUACAAAUGAAACUUUACCAAUUGUUUUAGAUCGUUGUCUUGGUGGUGGUUGGCCUGCUGUUGUUUCAUCAACCGUGGCAAUUGUUAUAUUUGGUGAAGUUAUCCCACAAUCUAUCUCUGUUCGUUAUGGUUUACAAGUUGGUGCUUUUUUCACACCUUUUGUCCUUGGAUUAAUGUAUUUUAUGUAUCCAGUUGCUUAUCCAAUCGCAUGUUUAUUAGAUAGAAUCUUGGGUGAAGAUCAUGGUACAAUUUAUAAAAAAUCUGGUUUGAAAACUUUAGUUACUUUACAUCGUACUAUGGGUGUUGAAAGAUUAAAUAAUGAUGAAGUUACUAUUAUUAGUGCCGUUUUGGAUUUAAAAGAGAAGAAAGUUCAUGAAAUUAUGACUCCAUUACAAAAUGUUUAUACAAUGAGUUCUGAUAGAAUUUUGGAUGAAAAAUGUGUUGAAGAAAUUUUUAAUUCUGGAUUUUCUCGUAUUCCAAUUCAUUUACCAAAUGAACCAAAAAAUUUUAUUGGUAUGUUAUUAGUUCGUGUUUUAAUUUCUUAUGACCCGGAAGAUGCUUUACCAGUUUCAAGUUUCCCAUUGGCAACAUUACCAGAAACUCCACCUGAAACUUCAUGUUUAAAUAUUUUAAAUUAUUUCCAAGAAGGUAAAUCUCAUAUGGUUGUUGUUAGUGAAAAUCCUGGUGAUUCUGAUGGUUCAUUAGGUGUAUUAACUUUAGAAGAUGUUAUUGAAGAAUUAAUUGGUGAAGAAAUUGUUGAUGAAUCUGAUGUUUUCAUUGAUAUUCAUAAAAAUAUAAAAAGAACUCAACCAGGUCCAUUAUCUAAGAGACAUUUAACUCAAUAUUUACAUUCAAUUUAUCAUAAUUCAAAUAGAAAUUCAUUGGAUAAUAAUUCAACAAUUGAUAAUUUACCAAAUUAUAUUAUGAAAGAUCAUAAUAAUAAUGUUAAUCAUGGAGCUGAAGUUUUAACUUCAAUUGUUCCAAGUAAUUUAGCUUCAAAUCCUUUAGAAACUUCAAAACCUUUUGUUACUAUUAAAAAACAACCUCAACCAACAAGACCAAUCACACCAUUAAGAUAUGAUUAUCAAGAUGAUCAUAUUGUUAAUAAUAGUAGCAAUACACCAUUAUCAAGAUCUCAAUCACCAAAUUAUGGUUCAGCUUCAAUUUCAAUUAAUGAAACUUCAGGUGGUAUUUCAGGUUCAGGUAAAAAAAAUCCAAUUAAACAACAUAUUCCAAAAAAGAAAACAUUCCAAAUACCCAUUUCAAAUGAAGAAAGAAAUUCAACUGAUUUAUCAGAAUUUUCUAAAACAAAAUAUACAAAUCAAUUUUUAGAAGAUAAUGAAAAUUCAACAAAAUUAGAUCAACAAUAUGAACAUAGUUAUAGAACUGGUGGUAUUAUUGAAAGUGUUGUUGAAGUUGAUGGUGUUUCCAAGACUAUUAUUGAAAGUGCUCAUGAUUCAGAUGAUGAAGAUCAAGAUAAAAGUAUUAAAGGUUAUUUAGUUGAUGAAGAAUCUGAUUCAAAUAGAUUAUUAGAUGAUAUAGGGAGAUGA